GCUCCGGCCCGUUCCGACGUGGAGCUGGAGGAUCUGGAGAGGAUUGAUUUGCCGUGGGCCGUCCCCACGCCCGCCCACGAGCAUCUCUCGGGCCCCCAGACGCCGUCGGUGCUGUGGAACGCCAUGAUCCACCCGCUGCUCAACAUGACGCUGCGCGGCAUCGCCUGGUACCAGGGGGAGAGCAACGCCUUCCUGCACACCGACCGCUACAACUGCAGCUUCCCCGCGCUCGCCGCCGACUGGCGCCGGGCGUUCCACGCGGGAUCGGCCGGGCAGACCGAGCCGCUGCUCCCCUUCGGCUUCGUGCAGUUAUCCACGUACCGCUGGCGGAGCCGCGACGAUGCCUUCCCCCGCCUGCGCUGGCACCAAACGGCCGACCUGGGGACCGUCCCCAACCCCAAACUCCCCGCCACCUUCAUGGCCGUGACGAUGGACCUGGGUGACAAGCACUCUCCCUACGGCAGCAUCCACCCGCGGGACAAGCAGAAUGUCGCCUACCGCCUGCACCUGGGCGCCCGCGCCGUGGCGUAUGGGGAGAAAAAUUUGGUUUUCCAAGGACCGUCCCCCACCCGUGCCGUCCUGGAGGUGACAAAGGGACAGCUGAACGUCCCCUACACCCAGGAGCUGGUCUGGCGGCGCCGGGACGCGCCGGCGUUCGAG